GCUCAUCCCCGCGUCAUCAUCUUCAUUUGCACUCUCUGACCGAGUGGCUAUAUUAUUGAGUCGAUAUCUGAUUUUUGUUCAUCGUUCUCCUUUUUACCCUUCACGAUGGCACAAUCUCCGGUCGCCGUUGUCUGCGUCGGCAUGGCAGGCUCUGGAAAGACAACCUUCAUGCAACGAAUCAACUCCCAUCUGCACUCGAAGAAGACUGUUCCUUAUGUCCUCAACCUUGACCCCGCCGUCCACACGGUUCCUUUCGAGAGCAAUAUCGACAUCCGUGACUCGAUCAACUACCGCGAAGUCAUGAAACAAUACAAUCUCGGGCCCAACGGCGGUAUUCUGACAUCACUGAAUCUGUUCGCCACCAAGGUCGAUCAAAUCAUCGGCUUGCUGGAGAAGCGGACGGCUCCCAACCCCAGCAACCCGACCGCGAAGCCCAUCGAGCACAUCCUGGUCGACACGCCUGGCCAGAUUGAGGUGUUUGUGUGGAGUGCUUCCGGCAGUAUCCUGCUCGAGACUCUCGCCUCCUCGUUCCCGACCGUGAUCGCCUACGUUAUCGAUACCCCCCGCGCCAGCUCCACGAGCACCUUCAUGAGCAACAUGCUCUACGCCUGCAGUAUCCUUUACAAGACGAAGUUGCCGAUGAUCCUGGUCUUCAACAAGACUGAUGUACAAGACGCUGAAUUUGCUAAGGAAUGGAUGACGGACUUCGAUGCCUUCCAGAAGGCUCUGCGCGAGGAAGAGGAGGCGGGUUCUUUCGGUACGGAGGGCGCAGCGGGUGGCUUCGGUGCGGGAAGUGGGUACAUGGGCUCGCUGCUGAACAGUAUGAGCUUGAUGCUGGAGGAGUUCUACCGACACUUGAACCUUGUGGGUGUCAGUUCGAUGACCGGUGAAGGUAUUGACGAGUUCUUCGAGGCCGUGGAGGAGAAGCGCCAGGAAUUCGAGCGCGACUACAAGCCCGAGCUGGAGCGCAAGAAGAGGGAGCGCGAAGAAACCAAGGCAGCGCAACGAGAAAUCGAGCUAGGCAAGCUGAUGAAGGAUAUGAGUGUGUCUGGCGCCAGUCGGGGCAAGCAGAAGGCAGACACCGAAGCGGAGACGGUCAGCGAGGCGGAGGAGGAGGAGGAAGAGGCACGCAAGAAUGGCGAGUACGACGAUGAAGACAGUGAUGAUGAUUACAGGACUCCCCGUGCCGGUGACAGUGAAGGGCUUACGCAGCGCUACAAGGACGCGCUUGCGGAACAGACCACCGCACCGUCCGACCAAGAUCUGAGCUUUCUCAGAUACUUGCGCGCGAGCAAUAUCAACCAGUGAUACCUGACCAUGAGUCAAGCCUGCACUUUAUUUGUUCUUUGGGUUUUUGAAAAGGCGUUGCUGGUGGAGACUUGAAUCUAGCUAUGGUAAAUGAAUAGACAUUGAUCGAUCAGGG